GAGGCAGGCCUAAUAUCUGAUUGGUUGCGGGUUCAGCGGUGCGGGGACCCACGAGGGGAGGUGGCGGAGGAGGUCCUCGAUCCACCCGGGAGCGUGGGAGUGAGGGCUGCACCAUGGAGGAAGGCGCGGACCCUGGAGGGCUGAUUAAGGUGGUCCAUCUACUGGUGUUGGCAGGUGCCUGGGGCAUGCAGAUGUGGGUGACCUUUGCUUCAGGCUUCCUGCUUUUCCGAGCCCUUCCGCGGCACACCUUCGGCUUAGUGCAGAGCAAACUCUUCCCUUUCUACUUUCACAUCUCCAUGGGCUGUGCUUUCAUCAACCUUUGCAUCCUGGCUCCACGGCACGUGUGGGUUCAGCCCACAUUCUGGGAGGCCAGCCAGCUCUGCCUGCUCCUCCUGAGCCUGACCCUGGCCACCGUCAACGCCCGCUGGCUGGAGCCGCGCACCACGGCCGCCAUGUGGGCCCUGCAGGCCAUGGAGAAGGAGCGGGGCCUGGGCGGGGAGGUGCCAGGCAGCUACCAGGGCCCCGACCCUUACCGGCAGCUGCGGGAGAAGGACCCCAAGUACAGUGCCCUGCGCAGGAACUUCUUCCGCUACCACGGCCUGUCGUCGCUCAGCAAUCUGGGCUGCGUACUGAGCAACGGGUUGUGCCUCGCGGGCCUGGCGCUGGGCCUCCGCAGCCUCUAGCGUGGGCCCUGCGUGUCAAUAAACGCCUUUUUUGGGGAAA